GUGUUUGCGGUCGCUGCCCGAGGAGGAAUUCGGAGGAGGCGCGAGGCCCGGUGCUCGCGUCGCGCCCGGGAGCCCAGAAAAGAGGCCGCCGGCGGCGGCGGCGGCGGCAUGAGGCAGGCGACGCGGCGCCUGUGAGCAGCGCGCGGCGGCGGCGGCGGGGAACCUCAGCGCGGGGAGAGCCGAGCGGCCGGGGGCUCCCCUCCCCCGCUGCCGGGCGGUGAUUUGCCGGGCCUGCUGCGCCCCCCGCCCACCCCUCGCCCCAGCUGCCGCCUCGCCGCUUCCCUUCGUCGGAGCGGCCGCUCGUCCGCCCGCCCGCCCGGCUCGAGGCCCGCGGGGAGCGCGGCGCAGUCUGUUGGCCCGCGGGGGGGCGGCCUCCCGGCAUCUUCGCGGCGCCCAAGGACGACCAGGAAGGGGAGCGGCCGGGAUGGCGCGUCCGCGGCCCCGCGAGUACAAGGCGGGCGACCUGGUCUUCGCCAAGAUGAAGGGCUACCCGCACUGGCCGGCCCGGAUUGAUGAACUCCCAGAGGGAGCUGUGAAGCCUCCAGCAAAUAAGUAUCCUAUCUUCUUUUUUGGCACCCAUGAAACUGCAUUUCUAGGUCCCAAAGACCUUUUCCCUUAUAAGGAAUACAAAGACAAGUUUGGAAAGUCAAACAAACGGAAAGGAUUUAAUGAAGGAUUGUGGGAAAUAGAAAAUAACCCAGGAGUAAAGUUUACUGGAUACCAGGCAAUUCAGCAACAGAGCUCUUCAGAAACCGAGGGAGAAGGCGGGAAUACUGCAGAUGCAAGCAGUGAGGAAGAAGGUGAUAGAGUAGAAGAAGAUGGAAAAGGCAAAAGAAAGAAUGAAAAAGCAGGCUCAAAACGGAAAAAGUCAUACACUUCAAAGAAAUCCUCUAAACAGUCCCGGAAAUCUCCAGGAGAUGAAGAUGACAAGGACUGCAAAGAAGAAGAAAAUAAAAGCAGCUCUGAGGGUGGAGAUGCCGGCAAUGACACAAGAAACACAACUUCAGACUUGCAAAAAACCAGUGAAGGGUAAAACUGGUGCUCCAUAAAAUGAUCCUAUGGAAAAAAAAAAAAAGAUCCUAUGACUUCACCUGCCUCAUAACUUCUGCUUACUAUGUUCUGGGUGUCCUUCAGCUUCACUGCCACCCUGCAGCCUUUCAAUGUGCCUCAUAUUCAAAUGCCUCAAGAGAGAAUCUGAUUGGAUUAGCCAGCCAUUAUCCAGUAUAGAAGUGGUGUGGCGCUGAGCAUGGCAACCAGCGCGUUAAGGAACAAAUUCUGGCUGCUUACGUGGAGGAGACUUCUAGUCUAGCAAAUACUCAGAACAGUGUGUCCAGGACAUUCACCAUUAUGAAUUAACAAGAUAUAUUUUCACACACAGGCGCACAGAGUGUGAUUAUGGUAUGAGAAGUUAAAAAAAUUAGAUUUAUAAUUUGGUUUUAUAAGUACUCAUUUGAUAGCACCUUGUUUAAAGACCCCGCCCCCCAAAAAGCAUGUCCUUAAAGUUAUAGUCACAUUUUGCUACCACUUGCACUUUGUUUGGAGCAUGAAUAAUAUUCUGAGGCUGCCAUCAGACCAUCUGUUCCAAAUAUACUCUUCAACAUGGAUUGAGUAGUUGUUACUAUGAAUUUUCUACCAAUGUAAACAUAGAAUGUAUUGCCUUUCACAUUAAUAUUAAUAAAAAGACAUUGUUACAAAGAAUUUUCUUUGGUCGAUUAACAAUUUUUCAUUGUUUUAAUGGGUGUCUUCCUCCUUCACAAGGGAGGAAAAUCCUCUAAAGUCUGUGAGUAUAAUCUUAUUUCUAGUGUUUUUCUUUGUUAGGAGUCACGAGGCUCUGAAUCUUGCAAGUUCACAGAUUUUAAAUGUAAUUUUUAUUUAAGAUUAGCUUUCUCAUUUUGGUAGGAACAAAGAAGGCUAAGAAAUGUACUUCUGCCAUCUUGAGUGGAUGGUAGGUUUAGUAACUUUUCCUAUUUGAAGGUUCUGGAAUUAUUUGUAUAUUGUAUUCUGUACAGUACAGGAUAGAUUUUGGCUGCAUAAGUGAAAACAUACCCAUGAGUGAGCACAUGUAUGCUUACAAACAAAACAUACCCAUGAGUGAGCACAUGUAUGCUUACAAACAAGUUCAUUCACUCAGUGAAGUAAAAAGGCUGUUUUUAGAAAAAAUAUUGGGGGCCCGAGUUCCCUUUUUCAUUCAUCUCAUGAGAACAUUACUAAGGGGUUUAAUGUAUUUGGGAUAAUGAUGAAGAAAACAAAAAUAGCAUCCCUGUGGGGAAAUGUAACCUGAUACAAUUUAAAGUGGGACCAAAAUUGAAACAUAAUUCUUUUAGGAAACGGAAAUAUUUUAUCUUUGUCACAUGGAUGUAAUCUAAAUUUUAACAGAAAUCUAGGCUUCCGUUCUUUUUGUACAUCUUGAUUUUAUUAACUUUUGUAUUUCUUUGAGCCAUAUGUCACAAGUAAGUUGUAAAUAUUAUACAGAAUAAUCUGCAUACUCUUCAAAUACUUUUUUUUUUUUUUUUUUUUUUUGCGGUACGCGGGCCCCUCACUGUUGUGGCCUCUCCCAUUGCGGAGCACAGGCUCCGGACGCGCAGGCUCAGCGGCCAUGGCUCGCGGGCCCAGCCAUUCCGCGGCAUGUGGGAUCCUCCCGGACCGGGGCACGAACCCGUGUCCCCUGCAUCGGCAGGCGGGCUCCCAACCACUGCGCCACCAGGGGAGCCCCCCCUUUUU